CGCAGAGAAGAGAAGCUCGUCAUCGUGGAAAAUCAAUGGCGGAUUUGCGGUAGAAACUAGAAACUUUUAAAGAGAAAAACAAAGAAUUUUAAAUAAAAAAAUAAAAUAUAUUUUUUCGUAAUAAAAUAAUGAUAGUAAAAGUAGUAAAUUAGGGUUUAAAAAAGAAAAUUCGGGGUAUGUCGGUGGAAAAUGCAGAGUUAAUAAACAUAUUAGAAGAGAGAGUAGUAAGGAGUGAGAGACUCUUAUCAUGAGAUCUGAUGUCUUUCUUUCAAUUUUUUUUUUUUUUUUUUUUUUCUGAAUAUUCCUUUUUGCAGUGAUCUUUGAUUUGGUUUCAGUUCAAUUAAAUCGGAUUUUUUAGUGUCUCAAGAAACGUUUUCUAUUCUAGGUUCGUUUAUUAUUGUAGAAUUUAGUUUCUUUUUUAUUUGAUCGAAUCGAGGACGGCAGACGUUGGAGUUGGACUUCUGAAGACUUUGAAGCUUCGAUCUGGUUGGUAGAUUUUCUCACUAUCCGUUUCCUGGUAUUUUGAUGCUCGUGCUGAUGAAGAUGACGAAUGGAUAUCCGAGAAUUACAUACGUUUGAAUCAAAGAAGUGGUGUUUUUAACUGUGGAUUUGAUCAGAAAAGGGGGUUUUGGGUUCUGGGUUCUGGUUAGUUCAAAGCUUACCUUGAUUGCUGUACUUAUUUGCUUUUAUUGAAGAUGGAAUGGUAUCUUUGACGCGAAAGGGAGGAGUUUUGAAGCUGGAGAGCUCAUCUUUUGACUGAGCUUUUCCUUCCGGCUAAAGCAGUUCAUGCGAUUUCGGCGUCAGUGAGUUGAGUAAAAGGGGAAACGCUUUAGGUUCUGAUAUUAAGAUGGGCUGUCAGUGCUCCAAGUUCACACCAUGUUGUUGGGGUUCACAGUUUAAGGGAUCAGUUCUGGAGGCUCCUGAAAUUGGUUCUGAUAUUAAGAUGGGCUGUCAGUGCUCCAAGUUCACACCAUGUUGUUGGGGUUCACAGUUUAAGGGAUCAGUUCUGGAGGCUCCUGAAAUUGCAGAUAAUGAGGAGAAAGGCGAGGCUGAUGACUUGCCUGCAUUCCGUGAGUUCACUUUUGAUCAGCUUAGGAUUGCUACAUCUGGUUUUGCUGUAGAGAACAUUGUGUCUGAACAUGGGGAAAAAGCACCAAAUGUUGUCUACAAAGGGAAGCUGGAGAAUCAAAGGCGUAUUGCUAUUAAGCGUUUUAAUAGGAUGGCUUGGCCUGAUACACGGCAGUUCUUGGAGGAGGCAAGAUCUGUUGGUCAGCUUCGCAACCACAGAUUGGUAAAUCUACUUGGUUGUUGCUGUGAAGGUGAUGAGAGAUUGCUUGUGGCAGAAUAUAUGCCCAAUGAUACGCUUGCGAAACACCUAUUUCAUUGGGAAAAUCAGCCUAUGAAAUGGGCAAUGCGAUUAAGAGUGGCUUUACAUCUUGCACAGGCUCUGGAAUAUUGUACCAGCAAAGGACGCCCCCUUUAUCAUGAUCUUAAUGCUUACAGAAUUUUAUUUGAUGAUGAUGGUAACCCCAGACUUUCUUCCUUUGGCCUGAUGAAGAAUAGUAGGGAUGGAAAAAGUUACAGUACAAACUUGGCAUUUACUCCUCCAGAAUAUUUGAGAACAGGAAGAGUGACAGCAGAAAGUGUAAUAUACAGUUUUGGCACCCUUUUGCUGGACCUUCUCAGUGGAAAACAUAUUCCUCCCAGUCGUGCUCUUGACCUGAUACGUGACAGGAACAUUCAGAUGCUCACAGAUUCUUGCUUGGAAGGACAAUUUUCAAAUGAUGAUGGGACUGAGCUAGUACGCUUAGCAUCUCGGUGUUUACAAUAUGAGCCUCGGGAACGGCCAAAUCCAAAGUCAUUAGUGGCUGCUUUGACUCCUCUUCAGAAGGAAACUGAGGUUCCUUCUCAUGUAUUGAUGGGCAUACCAGAUAGUGGUGAAAUCAUGCCUCUGUUCCCCCUUGGUGAAGCUUGUUCACGAAUGGACCUCACUGCCAUACAUGAGAUAUUAGAAAAAAUUGGUUACAAAGAUGAUGAAGGAACAGCAAAUGAGCUGUCAUUCCAAAUGUGGACCAAUCAAAUGCAGGAGACAUUGAACUCAAAGAAAAAGGGUGAUAUUGCUUUCCGAUACAAAGACUUUAGGGCUGCAAUUGAAUGCUAUACCCAGUUCAUUGAUGUUGGAACCAUGGUUUCUCCAACAGUCUAUGCACGCCGUAGCCUGUCUUAUCUCUUUAGUGACAUGCCCCAGGAAGCUCUGAAUGAUGCGGUGCAAGCCCAAGUUAUUUUUGCUACGUGGCAUAUUGCAUCCUAUCUGCAAGCGACUGCUCUCCGUGCACUAGAAAUGGAACAUGAAGCUCAAGUAGCACUCAAAGAGGCUACAGUACUUGAAGCGAAAAGAAAUGCAGCUGCUGGACAAUAGGUUGUCAGUGACUGGUGGAUCCAUGGAACUCUCAAUCACUACUUAUCUAGCUGCCUUUUCUGGAGUGAUUAUAACAUCUUCUGGGCAGAAUGAUUGGGGCCUUCUUAGAUUGCAAAAAUCAAUGGUACAAAUAACAAGUAACCUCGUAAUUUUUUUCAUGCCACCUCCGCCAUGGGGCAGGUUCUGUGGGUUCUUCAAGGCAUUCUUGGCAAAUCUUUUGGAUGAGUGGUAGGUUCUGGUCAUUCCUAGCAGUCCUAAGGGGAGCUUUCCAUUUUUCUUUAUUACUGAUUGACCAGAUCAUUCCCCUUGGAACAGUUUAUCAGUUCUUUUUUCUCAGGUCAGACAUUCAUUGAAAUACUCUUGCAACAACUUGCAUGUUUAUGGUCUUGUCUGCAAGAUUUUACAAAACAAAGGGAACAGCGGGGGAAUGAAAUUCUGUUCAAAACUUGUAAUUUGUGUACAGAAACUGGUUCUGAUUUGCUUUGUUGUUAAUUUCGUUGCUUCUGUAUUUUCUUGUUUGGGGUCGUUCCUUUUUGACGUUGAGCUGACAUGUGUUUUUGAUUAUGUUAAUAAAGUUUAUGCCAUGGAAAGAA